AUGACAUCGGGCCACAUGCGGCCGGACUUUUCGAGGCUCAUGUCGAAGCUCGAGGAGAUAUUCGCCGCCAACGUCCGAUAUUGGGAGGCGGCGAAGGAGAUUUCUGAUUCACUUGAACCGUACAUGAUCAACUCAGCCGACCUACUCAACAUCAUCAACGCCUUGACAGCAGUGGACAUCAGUGGGUUCCCGAUCUACGGUGGCAGAGCAGGGAACUACUGGGCAGAGCUCGCAGGCAAGAAUUUGAUGAGCUGCCCGGACAGACACCGUCUUCGACCUCCAAGAACGUGGUAUCUUUGUGACACGGCGUCUGGCCGCCACGGAAAGGAACAGGCGAACUCGCCUCUGGGCCGCAGGCGAUACGCCCAGUCCGCAGCCACAGCCGGAACAACAGCCGGCCGCGGUGUCGAAGGCAGACUAUAA